AUGGAAGAGGCUUUGAAAAGAAAAGCCCCUUGGAACUCGCUUCCAGCUAUGUUGUCACAAUCGCAUGUCACCUCUUCCUCCUUACAUCGCGACAGCUCGUGUGCCUCAGAUGAUGUUUCUGACAUCUCCAUGGCCACCACAAUCACUACUCUCACGAACAUCUCAUCGACUUUGCCAGAGCUGGGGAUUCCCAUUCCGCUCACACCCAAACAAUACCUCCAAUUUCAAAGUCCUAUUGAUCAUGAAUUCGAUGGUUACGAAUCUGGCUACGAAUCUGACGACUCUGAGCUAGAGAGUGCUCAGCAUGUGGAGUUCAGCGACCCUGUACGUCAAUAUCUCGAUGGCCAAUAUCAAGAUGACGAUGAUAUCUUCGGCUUUGAGAUCUACCCUAAUAUCCCCAUGGAUGAAGAAAUUUCGCUCUAUGAUCAUUGUGAAAGCGGUUUCGACCUUGAUAAUGAAUCUGAAGGUAUGGGUAGUUAUGUGGAGGACCUAAACCUUGACGAAUCGCAGGUUUCAUUUGAAACCUCUGUACACUUUGACACAAAUGUCUCAUAUAUUGAGACUCCCGAGAUACCAGAUGACGUCGAAGACCAAGCAGAAAUGACCAUGCAUGAAUUGAUGCUGCUGGCUCGAAACGAUCGGCACCAGACUGACAGCGACUUGAACGACAACGAUGACGAGGAAGAUGAUAUGGAUAGCGACACCGCAAUUGCCAAUCUCAUAAUCCGACAAGUGUUGAAAGAUUAUUCACGCGACAUGAUUGAAGUGGACAAACAAAUAUUUGUUGCUUUUAUUAAUGGUAUUCAUGGUGCUACUAGACAAAAGUACCAAACAUAUCUCCAUGAUCGUGUGCAGGGGUUUCGUGAAGGUCGCUUGCAGUCUCCCUUCUUCGAAAGCGACACCGAGCCUUCUACUGGCUUCUUUCUCGAUGAAGCCUUGAAACAUGUGAUAGGCAUGUUUCGCAACGUUGUCCUUCGUGAGGAAUUUGAGGAGCUCGCCCGUCUUGCCGGAUCAAGAAAAGAUCAGGAAUCUCUGCCGAUAUCGGCAGAGCAACAACCAGCGGACUUUCUAAAGAGGGUUGAGCAAAUCCUUUCUGAACGACUGCUCGACGGAAAUGCAGCCGUUGGCGAGGAUGAGCUAAGUUUUUUCGCAGACGGAGUUGUGUACGCCUUGGAACGUCCUAAGAUUUACACCUACGAGGUAGCAGCAACAUCUUAG